CACUUUCGAUUUCGGGCCGACUUCGCGGAACACAGCGUUCAGUGCAGAUUAGCUAAUACGCUGAUAAAUUGUGCAAUUCUUCUUCUGCUAAAUUAGGAUACGCUUCUUUAUGAACAGUCCUCGAGUCAAUUUGUCAUGUCUUCCUUAAUUUCUCGAUUGGGUCUCGAGAGGCAGAGAAAUUUGCAGAAACUGUUUCCAGAACCUGUCAGUCUCUGUCUGUUGUACAAGGCGAGCCACCAUGGAUUCACGUUUUCCGCAUUAUUUGGAAAAUCUGAAAAACAAGGAAAGUUUGUACUUAUCAUGUAUUUGGAAACGGGUGCUGUACGGGGAGGUUAUAUCAGCAAACAUCUUUCAGACCAAGCAUGUGCUGAUCCUGAAGCUUUUGUAUUCUCUGUGGAUAAAAAAAGUGCAACCUCAUUUCCAGUCCAAGAUCACAGCAAAGCUUUCCUUUACGAGUGGAAAAAAGUUUCAUUUGGAGACUGCCUGCAGUUGCUGUCUGUCAAUACAAAAAUGUACGUUGUAUCGAAGCCUGACGACAUUUACGGCGAUUUCUGGGCCGGGGAAACGGCAGAGUGCUUGGAAGUGGAGGUGCAUCGCGUACAAGAUGUUGGCGAUGUACUGCUCAACCCAUGGAUGGAGGUCACAUGGACAGAAAACCAUAAAGAAGAACUGAGGCAGAAUCUGGUUUCCUUCAAACCGACGAGUGAAGUGUUGUCCAAGGCGCGGGUUCUACUGUUGGGUCCAGUGGGUUCAGGGAAAUCCAGCUUUAUUAACUCCAUCAGAUCUGUGAUGUGCGGACACGUUUCCUUGAUGCCCUAUGUUGGCACUACGCAAGAUGGCUUCACCAAGAAGCUGAAGUCCUAUGAAAUCCGGGCGCAGAAAGGCGGACCGCCCACACCGCUCACUCUCUGUGAUGUCCUGGCGCUUGGAGAGAGUGAGGAGACUGGUCUGACCCUGCAUGACACCCUGGAAGUUAUUAAAGGACAUGUACCUGAGGGACACAAGUUUAAAAGUAACGCACCCAUCAACCCAACCACAGCUGGCUACCGACUAGCACCUGCAAUGAAAGACAGAAUCCACUAUGUUGCGUUUGUUCUGGAUGCAACCGAAGUGCUCUUCUACAGCAAAAGUCUGCAAGACAAACUAAAGGAGCUGAGAUGGGAAUUGUCAGACAUGGACAUCCCACAUGUGAUCCUUCUGACCAAGGUGGACCAGGUUUGCAAGGCAGUGGAAGCUGAUGUGCAGUAUGUCUACAGGAGUCGCAUUGUUAAGGAGAGGAUGCACAAGGCUGCAGAGCUGAUGGGCUUGCCAGUGUCCUUUGUGCUGCCAGUAAAGAACUACUCAAGUGGACGUUCAGUGGACUGUAACACUGACAUACUCCUGCUGAGUGCACUUAAUUGUAUGCUGCUCUCCAUUGAUGAUUUUCUUGAGGAUUACACACCCUCUCCCCAAGAAAUAGAACAACAGAGACAAACAUUUUGAUUUGGAAUUUUGAUCAAUUGUUUGUAACCAAUACUCUUAUUUCCUUGAGUAUAUUAUAUAGUAUGUGCAGUAACUAUAUUUGAUAAUCAUUGUCAGUCAGUGGUCUGUUGCAUAUUUUAAUGGGGUUUUGUUUACUUUUAUGGAGUGAUCAUCAGGUUUCAGUCUUAAGUCACUGUUUGUGACAGGAUCGGGAAGUGUGGAUUUGCUUGUUGCCAUUUCUUUCUUUUAAUUCUUCUGUGGUUUUAGCAUUGCCAAAGUAAGCAUGUUUCUUUUUUUAGAAUUGUCCAGGGUCUGCAAAAGGGCUAUUUGCAAGAACAUUGCCUUGCAAACAUUAGAGGAUUCAUUUUUAUUCAUUAACGGUAAUGUAAGACAAGGUUGGGUUUGUAAAAAAAUUAAAUUAAAAUAAA